AUGUUAACAGAACUUAUUAUUGAAAUUUGUGAAUGUGAAAGAAGAACAGAAACUGUCAGAAAAUUACUUUCUUAAUUAUCAUAAUUUGAACCUUAUGCUGGUAAAUUGUUUUAUCAAAUUAGAGCAUUCAAAAGAAUGGACAAAAGUAGAUGUGGAGAAAUUUCUUAUCAAGAUAUCAUUGAUUUUAUGUUAGAUAAUAAUUGUAGUCUCACAAGUUUAGAAGCAUCAUAUUUACUUUAAUAUUUGGAUUUCAAUAGAGAUGGAAGAGUAACCUAUACUGAGUAUUUUAUAAUCAUUAUGUAGUUUUGCUAAAUAAAUAUUACCAAAAACUGAUCUUAUUCUUAAAGAAACAGCUGCUGCUAGAGAUUCAUAUUUUGUAUUAGCCAAUAAAACAUUACCAAAUGAAGUUGAAUGGGGUUUGUACAAAAUACUCCAUUAAGAAUUGUCUAAUUUUAAACAUCUCAAAAUUAUCAAAGACUUAUGUAAAGAAUCAGUCUAAUAAGCAUUCUAAAUGAUAGAUCAUUACUAGCUUGGAUAUUUCACUGCAUAACAGUAUUUUAUAUAUUUUAUAUAUUAAAUUUAGUUUAGAAAAUUAUUUUAAAACCAAUUAUAUUCAAUAUGAUAAACAAGAUAUUUGUGCAUUCUUUCAUGCUUCAGAUAGAGAUGAAGAUAAUAAAAUAUCUAUUGUAGAAUUUAACUAUGUAAUUAAACCUUUUCAUCCUUCAUAAAUAUUAAAAGAUAGAGAAAGAGCAUUUUAUAGCACUCCUAAAAAAUAUAGAAGAAUUGAUAAUUCCCCAAAACCUUAGAAUUCAUUUACUAAUGUACGAUCAAAAUAAUUCAUUUACAAAACACCUGUUAAAGCAGAUCUUUCUUAACCAGAUCUCGAAGUUUAAAAAUAAUAAUUGAUUUAACAAAGCGAUUUUAAUCUAAUUGAUUUAUUUUAUUAAUAACCAAAGGCUACUCCAGAAAUGAAAUUUAGAAAAUUUUGUAAGACUAUUCUUCCAAAAAAUGCCCCUCCAAAUUAUUAAACAAAACCUAUUAGUGCAAAAACAUAUUAGAUGAUGCUCAAUAUACUUAGAUAAUGA